CCUUCGUGUCGCAUUCCUCGCUGGCGACGAUGAGCAAGCGUCCACGCGUCCCUGCAGCCCUGCACGCCGAGAUCUCUGAAUAUUCUGCACUUCUACGCGCUCUCAGGAACCGCGACACGCUCGACCUCUCCAGCCAGCUCAUCCGAGCCCACUCGUCUGCGCCUGCUACCGACGAUGAUCUAUUCGAGGACGACGACAUCAGUCUGGACGACGAAGAACCCAAGUCAUCCUUGACGGAGUACACGUCGCAAGUCUCUGUCGUUGCGGAGUCCUCUGUCGUGGAGCAACCCCAGUCUCAGCUGAAGCGCAAGCGUCCCUCAAGUAAGCGCCAGUCGAAGAAACCGCGGGACACUUGGACACGAUGGCCCCUCAUGGCUGGUGACGUGCACGUCCCCGAAUGGACGCUUGAAGACGAGGUCAAGGCCCUUACUGUGCAGCACCUCAAGAGAUCUCUCACUGGGCCCGACACCACUCCCCACGAUGCUGAACUGCUGAAAGAUCUGGAUGACGACUUUGCCAGCACACUACUCCCGCAGGCGAGCCUCGAUGCCCUUGUGGACGAAGCCGCCACCCACCUCGCGCGCAUUCUUGCUUUUGUCGCCGCUCACAAGCCGCCCGCCGCGGAGAGCAUGCAGAACCGUUUCGCCCCGUUCGGCUGGGAGAUGGUCAUGGCCGUCAUGUCUUCUAGUGGUCUUGUCGACGCCAAGUUCGUCUCCUCUGCUGUGCUGCGGUAAGCUCGUGUAAACAUGUGCUUGUUAGUGUCAUGCAGAACGUCCAGCGUCGUAUGGAACCCAUAUAUGGCUCCUCGAAAUCACUUGGUACGUCGGUAUUGUGCCUGUUUUUGUUGCCCAAGCUGACAAUUGUCGCAGCCGUUCACCGUGUCCAGUAUCGUGCCUCGGCGAAGCUGCAUAUGCGAGACGCUGUGGAGACCUAUGAUUUGAGCUUUCUGGGUCUAGCAUACAAGCCCCCUCCCCCGCCGAAACGUAAGCG